GUGUCUGACGCGCCCGCCCCAGGGCGUGACAUUUGUGGCUGGCUAUUCUGGCUGCGCCAUUUCCUUGAAGAACACUGGCGUUGCCUUGAGUGACUACGGGGUGACUACGGCCUUGAAGAAGCUAAAAAACCUCUUGAACGCGACCAUUAGAUCCCUCCUCUUGACUCUUCUCCUCAACCGCCUCCAAUGAUCGAUAACCUCCCUCCACAGCCUCCACUUCCUAACUUCUCUCCAGCCCCGUUGCCCCCGUAAAACGCGCCGUCAGUGUGGCUGCAAUGCGUGUCAAAGAGUCGUAAGGAGUUUGAUUCUUCCCUAGCUAUUGAAGAAGAAGAGGACGAAGAAGAAGGUUAAGAACAUCAUCUCGGAAACGAGGUGAGUGAAAAUAAUAAUUAUGAAGAUUUCAGAAAAGAUUCACGAGGACUCUGGAGAACAACAAUGUGAGCCCCCAUCCUCCUCUGAUGCCCGAAGCUAAAAACGUGGCUUGCGAUUACUUCUUUAUAGUCGAUGAUAACAUGCUAGAUCUGAGCUUGGAUUUGGACAACAACCACAAUGAAACUGACAGUAGAAAUGCUGAUGCUUUAAAGAACAAUGUCAGUGGUGUGGGGUUUAGUGACCAUGAUGGAGUUGAUAGUAACAUUGAGCCGAAGACUUCGGAGAUGCCGGAGGAGAAGAGGGCGAUGGCAGUGGAGGUUGAUGACAAAGGGAAGCAGCCGGCUCAUAUUGAGCAUUGAAAACGGCUCCAUCAGAUUUCAGGACAAUGGUGAAGGCUGUUUCUAGUGUGAAUUUGAUGCAGGUUUUGAAUGAGAUUGAUGAUCAUUUCUUGAAAGCCUCAGAGACUGCUCAAAAGGUUUUUAAGUUGCUGGAGGCCACAAGGUUGCAUUGUCAUUCCAAUUUUGCUGAUAAUCAAGGACAUAUUGAUCAUUCUGUAAGGGUAAUGCAUGUCAUUACAUGGAAUAGGUCUUUCAGAGGUAUGGCAAAUGGUGAAAAUGGAAAGGAUGAAUUUGAUUCAAAAGAGUAUCAGAUUCAUGUCACUGUUCUGGAUAAGUUGCUGGCAUGGGAAAAGAAACUUUAUGAUGACGUAAAGGGAGAGCUGAUGAAGAUCGAGUACAAAAGGAAGGUUGCUUUGUUAAACAAGCAAAAGAAGCGUGGAGCUAGUGCUAAAUCAAUGGAGCAAACAAAAGCGGCUGUAAGUCAUUUACACACAAGAUACAUAGUUGACAUGCAGUCCAUGGAUUCAACAGUUUCAGAAGUUAACCAAUUACGUGAUGAGCAGUUGUACCGUGACUUCUUAUGCUUGUUGAUGACCAUGGAAAUCAAAGUAUGGAACAGGCAGAAGUCAGGCAGAGAAACUAUCACAUUAGGCCGGAGCUACACGCAACGUGGCAAAGAUGAUCGCUCCAAACCAAAGUGGAUAACAUUUUGGAAGAAGUUCAGAAGAGAAAGGAAGAAAAUCUUCAGUUCUCCUGUUACAUUCCAGGCUUCCUAUGACCCAGAUGGAUACUCACGAAAUUUUGACCAAGGAACAGGAUGGGCAGAACCUGACAAUCUUUCUCGCUCUUUUUCAGCUCGCUUUGCUGAUCCAUCCAGGAUCUUAAGGAGGAAUGGAUUGUUGCAUUGA